CCCACCAAUGCUGUACUGCCUGCUUUCGGCGGUGCUCCCCUUCCCUGCAUUCCUCUCACCCGACAGCCCAGCCCUCUCGUCCCUCGGCCCCCCUCCCCGGCACCGAAUUUAGAGGUUUGCUGUCGCCAAGCCGGAACCGUCUUUCAGCAGCUGUAGCAAGAAAAGGGGAGGUUCGCAGCCGCGCAGUUGCCGGACAAAGAUGUGCCUGCCCGCACCGGUGAUACCGCUAAAGAGGCAGUAGGUUUGAUUUGGCAAGUCAUUGGGAAAAGGAGGAGUACAGAAGUGCCCUGUAACUGCUAAACCAUAGAAAAUGGUCGACUGUGGAACUCUAUCGUGAAGACCUCAGAAGAAAUACCAGUUUUUCCAGUCAGCUUUUCAUAAUGUAAAUAUAAUUUGAGCUUUCCCAACUGGGCAGCUAAACCAUGAACAAGCAGAAAAAAACAUUUUGGACUAUAUUUCUGUACCAGGCUUCACCUUCUAUCUCAGAAAUUUAUUAAGAGGUUACAGCUGAAAGGACAAGAGAAAGAAAUCCUUGAACAGGAAGCUUAUCCUACAAUGAGAAUUACAAGUACAUCUUGUAUCUGCCCAGUGCUAGUUUGUCUGUGUUUUGUGCAGAGGUGUUAUGGAGCUGCUCACCAUGGCUCCAUCAAGGUGACCAGAAAUCAAACCAAACACAUAGAAGGCGAAACAGAAGUGCAUCAUCGUCCCAAGCGUGGAUGGGUGUGGAAUCAGUUCUUUGUUUUAGAAGAACACAUGGGACCAGAUCCUCAGUAUGUAGGAAAGCUACACUCCAAUUCUGACAAAGGUGAUGGAUCAGUCAAAUACAUCCUUACUGGAGAAGGGGCAGGAACUAUAUUUAUUAUUGAUGACACGACUGGAGACAUCCAUUCAACCAAAAGCUUAGAUCGAGAGCAGAAGACACAUUAUGUGCUUCAUGCCCAAGCUAUUGACAGACGGACAAACAAGCCACUCGAACCUGAAUCUGAAUUUAUUAUCAAAGUGCAGGAUAUCAACGACAAUGCACCAAAAUUUACAGACGGGCCAUACAUUGUUACUGUGCCAGAAAUGUCUGAAAUGGGUACAUCUGUUCUGCAGGUGACAGCCACAGAUGCUGAUGACCCUACAUAUGGAAACAGUGCCAGAGUAGUAUACAGUAUCCUCCAGGGACAGCCAUAUUUCUCUGUGGACCCUAAAACAGGAGUCAUCAGGACUGCCUUGCACAACAUGGACAGGGAAGCCAGAGAGCAUUAUUCUGUUGUCAUUCAAGCCAAAGAUAUGGCUGGGCAGGUCGGAGGGCUGUCAGGGUCAACAACUGUAAAUAUCACGCUCACUGAUGUGAACGACAAUCCACCCAGGUUUCCUCAGAAACAUUAUCAACUGUAUGUUCCUGAAUCAGCUCAAGUUGGAUCAGCAGUUGGCAAAAUAAAAGCAAAUGAUGCAGACACUGGUUCAAAUGCAGACAUGAAGUACACAAUUAUAAAUGGUGAUGGCUCUGGAGUGUUCUCUAUCUCUACAGACAAAGAAACAAGGGAAGGAAUUCUUUCUCUGAAAAAGCCCCUCAAUUACGAAAAAAAGAAAUCAUAUACACUGAAUAUAGAAGGAGCCAAUACUCACCUCGAUUUCCGAUUUUCACACUUGGGACCAUUCAAAGAUGUAACAAUGCUGAAGAUCAUUGUCGGUGAUGUGGAUGAACCUCCUCUCUUCACUAUGCCUUCCUAUGUCAUGGAAGUUUAUGAAAAUGCAAAGAUUGGGACUGCUAUUGGCACAGUAACAGCACAAGAUCCCGACACGGCCAACAGUUUAGUAAGAUAUAUAAUUGAUCAUAACACAGAAGAAGAUAAAUAUUUCACCAUUGAUGCUAGUACUGGGACCAUUAAGACUGCCAAGAUCUUUGACAGAGAAGAGACGCCUUGGUACAACAUCACAGUGACUGCUUCUGAGAUAGACAAUCCUGGGUUAGUGAGCCAUGUUCCAGUUGGUGUUAGAAUCCUGGACAUCAAUGACAACCCUCCAGAGCUUGCCAGAGAGUAUGAUGUAGUUGUCUGUGAGAAUGCAAAGCCUGGUCAGGUAAUUCAGACUAUCACUGCAACUGACAAAGAUAACUCUGCAAAUGGGGCAAGAUUCCAUUUUUUCCUUGAUGAAGGGCAUUCUUUGAAUCCCAACUUUACUCUAAGGGACAAUGAAGAUAAUACAGCCAGCAUCCUGACAAGACGAAAGAAAUACAGUCGAACCACGCAAGACAUGUAUUACCUCCCAGUUUUGAUUUCUGAUGGUGGAGUGCCCUCUCUCAGCAGCAGCAGUACUCUCACGAUUAAGGUUUGCGCCUGUGAGAGAGAUGGACGAGUGAGAACUUGCCAUGCUGAAGCUUUCCUCUCCUCAGCUGGCUUGAGCACAGGAGCUUUAAUUGCAAUACUGCUCUGUGUUGUCAUUCUUCUUGUUUUCUCUUUAGCAAUUGUGGUCCUUUUCGUCACCCUAAGACGCAACAAGAAGGAGCCCUUGAUUAUUUCAGAAGAAGAUGUCCGGGAAAAUGUUGUGACAUAUGAUGAUGAGGGUGGUGGAGAGGAAGACACAGAAGCAUUUGACAUCACAGCACUGCGGAAUCCAUCAGCUGCUGAGGAGCUAAAAUACCGGAGGGAUGUUCGUCCUGAAGUGAAGCCUAUGCCCAGGCAUCUUACCUCCACAAGCCUUGACAGCAUAGAUGUUCAGGAAUUCAUUAAACAAAGACUGGCAGAGGCUGAUCUGGAUCCCAGUGUACCCCCUUAUGACUCCUUACAGACAUAUGCCUAUGAGGGUCAUAGAUCAGAAGCUGGAUCGAUCAGCUCUCUGGAUUCAGCCACAACACACUCUGAUCAGGAUUAUAAUUACCUUGAGGACUGGGGACCCGAGUUCAAGAAACUAGCUGAACUCUAUGGGGAAAUUGAAUCAGAAAGAACAACUUAGUUGUAAUUCCCAGAACAGAGAGGUUCCUAAACAACUGGAGAUAUAAUGAAACACAAGUAACAAAAAAUGACUACAGUACUUGGAACUGAGCAAGUUGUACACAGUUACUGUAAAACAAGUGCCCUUUUCAUGUUUGAAACUGGGUUCUCCGAUUGGAAGAAAGAAAAAUUUUGAAAAAUACUGAAAGAAAAUGAAAAAAAGAAAAGAAGCUAUUGUCCCUUGUGUAUGUUUUUUAAUUGCUCAAUAAAGUCUGUGGUACCGUAUCUGUAACAAUAUCUAAAGUACAGGCAAGUAAUGACAUUUUUAUUGCAAUAUGUUUUAAUAUCUCCAAACUGCAGUAAAUUUAUGGUCACGCCUGUUUAGGAAGAUAGUUAACAGGGGAGCAAAUCUCUUGCAGGUGGUUGUGAUGUUGCAUUUCUAGCUGUGCUCUAGGCCUUGUGAUCCCAACAUGAGGUAGUCAAUGGGGUU